GAUUUUGAGUCCGAAGCGCAUGCGCCAUGUUUGGCGGGAACUUAUCAGUUGAUUACCAGUCAUACAAAUAUUAACAUGGAUUCGUUAUCGGCUGCCACUUCCAUUCAUAAUGUAUCUUUUCCUGAUAAUAAUAGAAUGACCACUCCGCGCAGGAACAAAGAUGAUCGAAGACAAAUGAGUGAGAAUUCCAGUCCAUUACGUAGUCCACUCAGAAGAGACGACGCCUGUGGAGGACAAAACUCAAGAGAUAAUAAUCAAAAGUUUCAUCAACGACGUUAUCGCUAUAAGCCCCAGGAAUUUCCUCCUCUUCCGACUACUCCAGAAUGGACUCCUCCAGCUCAGGCUACAACAGGGGUUGAGUGGUCCAAGAGAGCCACUCCUAAAUCUGAGGUUGACUUAACAUGCGAACUCCAAGAUUACGAACAUCGAGCCAGGCAAGAACAUAAAAGCUUAAAAAGGUAUUGCCGUAAACUAGAAUUGAAUCAGAGAGGAAGAAAGAAUACAGACAAACCGACUGAAAUUGAAAGUGAUCCAAACAUUCUGAUGAGGAGACAGAAGGACAUUGAUUAUGGCAUGAACACAAUUGGUUACGACAAUUACGUCAAAGUGAUUCCAAGGCAUAAACGGAAAAAGACUCAUCCCAAAACUCCUAAUAAGUACCAGAAAUGUAGUCGCAGGUCAUGGGAUGGACAGAUGAGGAAUUGGCGUAUUGCACUCCAUCAAUUUGAUAACGUUACUAGUUUAUCACGAAGUGACUCAGUUACAUCUGAUAAUUCGUCUGAAAUUUCCAACAGUGCUGUCAGUGAAGAAGUUAUUGAAGAAGAGGAUAUUGGUUUUGAUAUUGAUAUUGACCUUGCUCUUGAGUCACCUCCAUUGUCUCCAUCUAAGGAUAGCCUGGCUUCGCCAUUGGAAGAGACAGUAAUGCUUACAGAUCCAUCUUCAGAGAAUCAUGUUCCUCGUGCAGUUCUAAGUGCAACUGAUAACAUCGAAUAGUAUAUUGUUUUGAGCAGCAUAAAAGAGUUUUCCAUCAUAUAAAACGAUUUAGUUAAGCUUCCUUCCUCAUAUAAUAUAAUAUAUUUAAUAUUAUAUAUAAAGCACAGACGACAUUUUAACUUAACUUGAUUCUCACUUAUUCAUUCAUGUGUGUGUGUUUGUAAAUUUGUGUGAGUUGAUGGCUUUAAAAAAAAAAAAAGGCCUAUCCAUAGCUACACUAUCCGGAAAGCUGAUGUGUCCCCUAAAUUUUUAAUCUUCAUAUAUUUCCAU